UAUAUAUUGUAUUUCUCUCUCUUUCUUUCUCUAAAAUCUCACCAACUCACCCCCUCAUUGCAUCCUUCUGAAAGAGAAGCAAAGAAGAAGAAAAGGGGCAACAUGUCGGUGGAGGACUCGGUUCCGGUAGGGCGCAUAAAGACGGUGGUGGUGCUGGUGCAGGAGAACCGCUCCUUUGACCACAUGCUCGGCUGGAUGAAAUCCAUCAACCCAGCCAUCGAUGGCGUCGGCAACGAUCGCGAACACUACAAUCCCCUCUCCACCGCCGACUCCAACUCCCGCCGUGUCUACUUUGGCGACCAAUCCGAGUACGUCGACCCCGACCCCGGCCACUCCAUCCAGGCCAUCUAUGAGCAGGUCUACGGUGUCCCCUUCUCCGCCGGAGCCACCCCCAUCACCCCUCCCGGCGUGGUGCACCCACCCAUGAACGGCUUCGCGCAGCAGGCGGAGAAGGAGAAGCCGGGGAUGUCCUCCACCGUGAUGAACGGGUUCAGGCCGGCGGCGGUCCCGGUGUACGAGAGCCUGGUGAGGGAGUUCGCUGUCUGCGACCGGUGGUUCGCGUCGGUUCCGACCUCGACGCAGCCGAACCGGCUCUACGUGCACUCGGCGACGUCUUAUGGGCUCACCAGCAACGACACCAUGAAGCUUGCGGAAGGCCUGCCGCAGAGGACCAUCUUCGACUCGCUCGACGAGGCCGGCUUCUCCUUCGGCAUCUACUACCAGUAUCCUCCUUCCACUCUCUUCUACAGAAACCUCAGGAGGUUGAAAUAUGUGGGCAACUUCCAUCAAUUUGAUAUGGCGUUUAAGGAUCACUGCAAAAAAGGGAAGCUGCCCAACUACGUGGUCAUCGAGCAGCGCUACUUCGACCUCAAGAUCCUGCCAGGAAACGACGAUCAUCCCUCCCACGACGUCUCCCAAGGGCAGAAGCUCGUGAAGGAGAUCUACGAGGCGCUGCGGUCGAGCCCUCAGUGGAACGAGAUAUUGUUCAUCAUCACCUACGACGAGCACGGCGGCUUCUUCGACCAUGUCCCUACGCCUGUGGGGGUUCCGAGCCCGGACGACAUUGCGGGACCUGAGCCAUUCUACUUCAAGUUCGAUCGCCUCGGUGUUCGCGUCCCCGCCCUGUUCAUCUCCCCGUGGAUCGAGCCCGGCACAGUGAUCCAUAGGCCAUCCGGGCCAUACCCUGCAUCCGAAUUCGAGCACUCAUCCAUCCCUGCGACCGUGAAGAAGCUCUUCAAUCUGAAGGAGUUCUUGACCAAGAGAGAUGCGUGGGCUGGGACAUUUGAGACAGUCCUCACGCGGACUACACCAAGAACCGACUGCCCAGAGACGUUGCCGGAGCCGAAGAAGCUUCGGCCAACGGGUGCUGCUGAAACUGCAAAGCUAUCAGAGUUCCAAACAGAGCUGGUGCAAUUAGGAGCUUCGCUGAAUGGUGAUUAUGCCAAGGACAUUUAUCCACGCAGGCUGGUGGAGAACAUGACCGUGGCCGAGGGUGCUCAGUACGUGCAGGACGCCUUCAAAACGUUCUUAGAGGAAUGCGAAAGAUGCCGGAAGGAUGGGGACGACGGCUCGCACGUUGUGGUGGUGAACCCAACAAAGGAUGCGGUGGGCCCGAAGGGGAAGCGAUCCUUGGUUGAGAAGAUGUUCUCGUGCUUGAGUUGCAACCGGUCCUAGUUUUAUUUGGUUUCUUUAUUAUUGUGUGGACAAAUAGUAAUAAAAAAGGCUGAGCCGAUUGUGCCUCGCCUAACCUAAUGAUAUAAUGAUCUCAGGAUUUGUACGUGGAAAA